AUGGCGGAGCUCUCGAUACGCAAGCACCAGCCCAAGGGACAGGAGGGACAAAUUGACCCCUGCCGGGAAGCAAUGUUGUCCGCAUUCACUGCGCAACCGCUGGUCGAACUAAAGCCACGCGACAAAUCCAAAAUCGACUCGGUGCUAGCCUACGGUGACCGACUACUAGCCGGCCUCAAUAACGGCACACUCCGCAUCUACCGCGUGACCGACGAUGGCAAGACCGAGCUGCUCCGCGAGGUGGAGAAAUUCGCCCGGUACAAAAUUGAGCAGCUAGCUCUGGUGAAGGAGGCACACGUGAUUGUUUCGCUUUCGGGUGGCUAUGUGAGCUUCCACGACUCUCAGACCUAUGAAUUUCAGGAGCAGCUUGCGCAGACGAAAGGCGCCUCGUCGUUUGCCAUCACCUCGAACGUCGUCAAUGAUCCCGAUACAAAUGUCCCGGCUAUCGUGUCGAGAUUGGCUGUCGCUGUCAAACGGAAGAUCUUGAUGUGGGUGUGGCGGGAUAUGGAGCUGGAACCGCAUACCACGGAGCUAAGCUUGGUGAGCGGGGUGAAGACCCUGACCUGGGUGUCAGCUACACGAAUGGUUGUUGGACUCGGCUCAAGCUUUGUCAUGGUGGAUGUGGAGGGUGGCCAGGUGACAGAACUUCCUAGUCCAGGGAGCUUGGAGGAGUCGGGCCGUUUUACGGGAGUCGGUGCGGCGAGCAUGAGUUAUAUUGGAAUGGGAGGUAUGGUACCGAAACCACUCGCCUCGAGGCUAGGGGAAGGCCAGAUUCUACUGGCCAAAGAUGUGAAUACCAAUUUCAUCGACGUAGAUGGUCAGCCACUUGGGCGACGACAGAUUCCCUGGAGUCAUGCUCCGAUGGAGAUUGGAUAUUCCUACCCAUUCCUGCUGGCGCUACAUGAUACAGCCAAGGGUGUGCUAGAGGUUCGGAACCCGGAGACCCUGUCGCUCUUGCAAUCGAUCCCGCUCCCGUCGGCAAAUAUUUUGCACAUUCCACAGCCGAACAUCAGCCUUGCUCACGCCGGAAAAGGUUUCUUAGUUGGCAGUGACCGUACAAUCUGGCGGAUGGAUGCUUUGAGCUAUGAUACCCAGAUUGAUACGUUGGUCGAAAAGGGGUAUCUGGACGAGGCUAUCAGCCUAUUAGGGAUGUUGGAGGAUGCUUUACUCCGAGACAAGGCCGGCAGACUACGCACUGCUCAGCUCGAAAAAGCCCAGAGUUUGUUCGCGUUGCACAAAUACCGGGAAUCUCUGGAUCUGUUCACCGAGAUUGCAGCUGCACCCGAGACGGUUAUUCGUCUUUACCCUCGGUCAAUCGCUGGCGAUCUUUCAGCUGCCCCAGAGAAUGACAAUGGCUCGGAUUCGAGGAGCUCAGAUCCAAAGAUCAAUGGCCUGCAAGCUGACGGCUCAGCUGAUCCUCCAGCCAAUGGAACCAAUGGGACUAACGGAGCCCCAGCUAAUGGAGGUACUAUAUCGUCUCUUUAUGCGCCGUCUGUCCAGUCUUUCCUUCGACGAGCCGACGGGAGCAGCGAUUCAGGCAGUAUCCGUGACGAGGAAAAAGAUCUGAAGAACGCCGUCCGUGAGCUCCAGGGUUAUUUGGCAGAUGUUCGUCGGCGCUUCCAGAGAUUCUUAGGCCAAGAUGGCGGUCUCAAAGUUCCCGCGCCAGUACAAUCCUCGGACGAAGCUAGCGACUCUGUGCUGAAAUUGUUAGACUUCCCAAGCACCGAAGACUUUCUACCUGCAAUCCGUGAAAAGGCGCGCCUUGUUGAUACAACCCUGUUCCGCGCCCAUAUGUAUGCCACGCCUUCACUCGCGGGAUCACUGUUCCGCAUUGCCAAUUUCUGUGACCCAGAGGUGGUAAUGGAGCGAUUGGAAGAAACUGGUCGGUAUAACGAUUUAAUUGAUUUCCUCUACGGGAAGAAGUUACACCGCCAGGCUUUGGAACUGCUUCACCGAUUCGGACAGGACGAGGAGGGUGUGCUUAGCGGUCCUGCACGCACCGUUGCUUAUCUGCAAAAUCUCCCACCCGACCAAAUUGAAUUGAUCCUGGAGUUCGGAGAAUGGCCUCUUCGGAUUGAUGAAGAGCUUGGAAUGGAGGUAUUUCUGACAGACACUGAGAAUGCUGAGACCCUGCCACGCCCACGGGUCUUACGGUUCUUACAGAGUGUUGAUACCAAACUCGCUGUGCAAUAUCUUGAACAUGUCAUCCACGAGUGGAAUGAUAUGAGCCCGGAUUUGCACCAGCAGCUUUUGGUCUUGUAUCUUGAUCGGAUUACAGCGGAUAAGACAGACUCCCAGACUAAAGAAAGGUUUUUGACUAUGCUCAAGGAAAGUGAGCAAUAUUCGCCGGCUAAGAUUCUGAACCGGCUGGACCGCGAAGAUCCUGAAUUCUAUGAGGCCCGAGCUAUUGUUUUCAGCAAGAUGGGCCAACAUCGCCAAGUACUCGAGAUUUAUGUAUUUAAGCUGGAAGCUCACGACAAAGCGGAAGAAUACUGCAACCACGUCCAUUUGGCCGAAACAACCGAAGAGAAAGAACCAGAACAAUCCAUCUAUCUCACCCUGCUCUCGCUGUACCUGGCCCCACCACAUGGCUAUCCAGCUCAGAAUGGACCGGCAUUAGCCAUGCUCGCCAAGCAUGGAUCCCGACUACCGGCCGAUGCAGCUCUAGCAUUGAUUCCUGCGACACUAGCUGUACAGGACCUCGAGUUCUAUUUCAAGGGCCGGAUGCGUGCGGCCAAUUCCGUCUUCAACGAGUCCCGCAUCGUGGCGAGCCUGCGCAAGGCACGCGAUAUGCAGACCGAAGCGCAACUCACACUCGGCGAGAAUGUUCGAGGAGGCGGCACCCGAGCGCGACACGUUACGAUCACAGAGGAGCGGAUCUGUGGUGUGUGUCACAAGCGCUUGGGAGGCAGUGUGAUUAAUGUAUUCCCCGACAAUACUGUUGUUCAUCUAGGCUGUGCAAGUCGAGUCGCGGGCGUUCGUUCGUAG